AUGGCUCCAGUAGAAAAGCAGGCCGAUCAGGAAUCGACGAUUGAAGAUCCGACCGUGGUCGAAAAGUACAAAAUUGCCGGUGAUAUUGUGAAUAAAACUCUUCAAACAAUAAUCCGAGCAUGUGUUGCUGGCGCAUCAGUGAAAGAGAUCUGCCUGAAGGGUGACAACAUGAUGGCGCAGGAUGCGGAAAAGAAAUACAAAAAUGAGGAAGACAUGAAGAAGGGCGUCGCCUUCCCGACAUGUCUCUCGGUGAACAACUGCAUUUGCCACUUCUCUCCAGCGCGCAACGAUCCGGACUAUCUGCUGAAGGAGAAUGACGUGGUCAAGAUAGACAUGGGGGCACACAUCGAUGGUUUCAUUGCGGUCAUGGCCCACACGAUCGUGGUCGGUGCAACGCCGGAGAAUAAGUGCAAGGGCCGGGCGGCCGACGUUGUCCUAGCGGCAUAUCACGCUAGCCAGGCCGCGCUUCGACUGCUAAAGGAUGGCACCGGUAACUAUGCUGUCACGGAUGCGGUACAAAAAAUCGCGUCCGACUUCAAGUGCAAACCGAUCGAGGGUAUGCUGAGCCAUCAGCUGAAACAGUUCAAAAUUGAUGGCGAGAAGACGAUCAUCCAGAACCCAACGAUUGCCCAAAAGAAGGAACACGAGAAGUGUGAGUUUGAGAAGUACGAAGUGUACGCGAUGGAUGUGCUCAUCAGCACGGGCGAAGGACUCGGCAAGGAGCUGGAUACCCGGGUCGCAAUCUAUAAGAAGACGGACGAAAACUAUAUGUUAAAGUUGAAAGCAUCCCGUGCGUUCUUCGGAGAGGUUAAAAGGAAGUACGGCUCGAUGCCUUUCAACUUGCGAAACUUCGAGGAAGAAGCGAAGGCCAAGCUGGGCGUCAACGAGUGCGUGGCGCAUAAGAUGGUUGAACCCUUCCAAGUAUUAUACGAAAAGCAUAAUGAAUACGUUGCUCAGUUCAAAUAUACGGUGCUCAUCAUGUCCAACGGAUUGAAAGUCGUAACAGGCCACCCGUUCGAUGAGAGCUGUUACGAAAGCGAACACAGCGUACAAGAUGAAGAGAUGAAGAAGCUAUUGGCGACGGAGCUGGUGCUGGGUAGCCAUGGCAAGGAUAAGAAGAAGCGACGUAGAAGGAACAAAAAUAAGGCAGCGGCCACCGGCGGUGCCGAAGAAGAUGCCGAGGGGGACAGUGGCGAUGAGGAGGCGGAUAAAAAGGAUGCGAAACCAUAA